UUAAUUCUUCAUUCCAAUCGUUCGGCGCCCAACGACCCUUAGUCUGUUGCCAUUACUUCCCAUGCCCCUCUCACUUCUUUAGACUCAUCUUGUAUCGAUAUCGUUUGUGGCCGUUGGAAUCAUAGCCCAUGGCUAACGGAUACUCUCACCUUCCCGGCGACCUGGACGUUUUGCAGAGCGACGGGAACAGAUCGCAGACGACAAUUCUUUUGCCAUCGCCAUCGCCAUUGAAACGAGUAUCGACCUACUAUCCGAAGAAAGGCCCCGAGGUGCUGGAGGAAUCGAACGCAGAUCCCUUCUACCUCGAACAAUCCUUGACGGAUACCGGUCACUGGGACUCUCUCAAACCGGAGACUCGCGAUGUCAGAUUCAACGAAGACGCUAAUCAAUAUUUCAUGCUAUCCACCGUGAAUCCUGCGAAAGACUACACAUUCCCUCCUAGCCCUGUCCGUCGCAAUACCUUGCGAUCCCGUAAUAUCAAUCGGUCAACCCUCUCUGUGGUAGAGCUCGAGAACGACUUGGGCUUCCAAGAAUUUGCAGCACAACGCUGGGAGAGAAAGCCCCAUCACUAUAGCAAAGGCUCUUUCGGCUCCAUCCAGAGCGAGGCCACCCCGGAUUUAACCCCGAGUAGCUCGUUUUCAUCGAACUACUCAGCCGCCCCAUUGCACCCUGAUCUCGUCUUGAAAGCGACAGAUCAGCUGUCACUACAGGCUCACCAGGCUCAUUCCGAGACUGGUAACCAAAUCUAUCUCACGCCUUGUACCCCUCCUCGGUCUCGAUCAGCUGUGUCAACACAGCCAUCGACACCAACGCGGAGUAGCAGGUCCAACUUGGAAACCCUGAACGAGUCAUCAGACACUCUCGUUAUGAGUUCUGGAGACCUUCCUCCAGCUUUAUCCCGCCGUGGGAAGCCUCUUCCUACGCUCCCCAAUCUUUCUCGCAAUGCGAACUCUCUUCCAAAUAGGAAAGGACCAAUCCAGGCCAACCGCUCUCAGAUCGAGCCGUCAAUGAUCUCACCUCCAAGCCUGAUCAAUCCAGUAACAAUGGAACCACACACAUCACAUUUCGACCAGGCGUUUUUCAUUCCAGCUCAUUCGUGUCCUAGUCCUGUGCCUAGCCCUUCGGCGACUUCCCCACCAAUCACCAGACAAGGCACGAUCCGUUCGUCGAGGGAUAGACCAUCCACAUCGACAUCUGAUGUGUUCUGUGAACAGUCCGUUUGGGAAUCAGACUCCGAUUCAGAGUCUGUUGGACCCAAGUCCCUUUCCCGGAAGCCAAUCGACACCCUUCGGAAAGUUCGCAGUCGAGUGCAUUUGCGCGUUGCCAAGUCGGCACCAAAGCUAAACUCUACUUCACAGGAACAGCCAGACAUGGAAGCGUUCCCAUCGAUUGAGCAUCACGGGGGACAUCGUUUCCCGGAGCGUCCAGCUACCAUGGAUCAUCCUCCUUACAGCAGAGAUGCCCUUCGCCCAGCGGGCCACCAGACCUUGCGGCUUGUCGCCCCCUCUACGACGUCACUUGUUCGACCUCGUUCCAGAAGAGACAGCCAACCUGCGGAAUAUGACAUUGAUCGAUCUACUGCCGCCGCUAUCCAAGCCAAAUCACGACGCAAACAGCGCUCAACCUCCCCCGAAGAGGUUAGCAUUCAACAUGGCGAGAAAGUCUGUAUGUGUCACGAUGACCGAUCGCAUAGCACCAUUCACGACAGCUUGACUCUAGCACGCCCGCCAUUGUUCAAACGGAUUUGGGAAUCACUGCGGGUUCUGGGUUGUCACAGUGACAUGACAACUCCCAAGCCUUCUCGCAAGUCCUUUUAGUCAAUUGAUUCUGCAUCGGAGUUUUACAGUCACAAACCGGUACUGGGCUGUCGGCGUUUGGUUUUUUCAUUUACGAGACCGUGUUGGAACGGUUUUCAUGGUCGCUACAUUGAAACGAUUUUUUCUCUCUUUUAUGAAAUCUGCAUACCUCGUCGUUAUUCGGAUGGUCUCAAGAAAUUGGAUCAUCCUGGAAGUAAUGAAGACGAUGAAAUGACUGCAUGUGAGAUGGAUCUUAUAUCUCCAUGAAUCCAUAUGACCUAAUGAACCU